AUGCCGGAUAUGGAAGGGGCGGUGUCAAUGAGUGACGUGGCGGCUUUUCAACCGGAGGCCCUCCAGCUCCCGGAGUUGUCACCAUUGGCCUUGAAGGCUAAUCCUUUCCUCGCCGAGCAACUCUUCUCCCAAUGGCUUUCCCUUCCUGAUACUUCUCGAUUGGUCAAGUCCUUACUUUCUGCGGCUAAGACUGGGGAGCCAUUGAAUGCGAUUGGCAAUACAAGUAGUACCAAUGCUGGUUCUGGCAGCCCAAUACCGUCCAUGUUUCCUUCUGGCUGCACUCCCCCACUUUCGCCUCGUAGCAUCUCGGGCUCACCACGUACUGUGAAACAGAGAGCUGGUCCUUCCUCUUUAAGCUCUCCACUGAAAGUCAUCAGUGAGCCAGUGCGAGAAGUCAUCCCUCAGUUUUACUUUAAAAAUGGCCGGCUGCCCCCAGAUGAGACGAGAGAGCGUUGCUUGUUUGAUGUUGAUCAACAUUUUUACGAUCACAUGGAUGGAUUGCAACAACAUGAGUUUAAGACUGUUGCAAAGGAUAUCUGCAAGCUCCCGUCUUUUUUCUCAACCAUAUUGUUUAGAAGAAUUGAUGUCAAUAGUGUUGGUAUUAUCACAAGGGAUCAAUUUAUUGACUAUUGGGUUAAAGGAAACUUCUUGACGAUGGACUUAGCAACUCAAAUCUACACCAUUCUCAAGCAACCAGAUCGUGGAUACCUUACUCAGGAGGAUUUCAGACCUAUUUUACGAGAAAUUUUGGCUACUCAUCCGGGGUUGGAAUUUUUGCAGAGUACUCCAGAAUUUCAAGAGAGAUAUGCUGAAACGGUCAUAUACAGAAUAUUUCACUAUGUAAAUAGAUCAGGAACUGGUCGUCUCACCCUCAAGGAGCUGAAGCGUUCAAACUUGGUGGCUGCGAUGCAUCAAGUGGACGAGGAAGAAGAUAUUAACAAAGUUUUAAGGUACUUCUCUUAUGAGCACUUCUAUGUGAUAUACUGCAAAUUCUGGGAGCUCGACACAGAUCAUGAUUUCUUAAUUGACAAAGAGAACCUUAUUCGAUAUGGCAACCAUGCUCUUACAUACAGAAUUGUUGAUAGAGUAUUUUCUCAGGUCGCCCGGAAAUUUAGAAGCAAAGUUGAAGGCAAGAUGGGUUAUGAAGAUUUUGUCUACUUCAUACUCUCUGAGGAGGAUAAGUCUUCUGAACCUGGCAUCGAGUUCUGGUUUAAUUGCAUUGAUCUGGAUGGGAAUGGCGUCCUCACUUCCAACGAAAUGCAGUUCUUCUAUGAAGAACAAUUGCAUCGAAUGGAGUGCAUGGCACAAGAACCAGUCCCGUUUGAAGACAUAUUGUGCCAGAUUAUUGAUAUGAUUGGUCCAGAGACCGAGGGUCUUGUCACAUUGCGUGACAUGAAACGGACCAAACUUGCUGGGCACGUGUUCAACAUUCUUUUCAAUCUCAAUAAGUUCAUCGCCUUUGAAAGCCGGGACCCUUUCCUAAUUCGUCAGGAACGAGAGAAUCCGACUUUGACAGAGUGGGAUCGUUUUGCACAUAGAGAGUAUAUAAGGCUUUCAAUGGAAGACGAUGCAGAAGAUGUGUCAAAUGGAAGUGGAGAUGUAUGGGAUGAAUCCCUUGAGGCUCCCUUUUGA